AUGUUCUGGACGCUGAAAGAGUUGGUGAGAGUGUUGAGGGAUAUUGUGAUCAUCCAGAAAUCAGCAGUGGAGGAACGCAAGAUUCUGCAUCGCGAUUGCAGUCUGAAUAAUGCCAUGAUCCUAGAUGAUUUUGACAUCAGCAAGGGGUUCCUUAUUGACUGGGAAUUUGCAGUACGCAUUACUGCAGAUAAUAAAUAUCCCAUUGGUGGUAUGGGCACAGUCCCCUUCAUGUCACGCAAGCUUCUCAGCCAGGUUUCACUGUUGCAGGAACAGGCGAAGGCGGAAGCUGAGAAUAAAAAGCAGGCAAAAGCGCGCAAAUCAAAAUCGAAAACCCCAGCCCCAAAAACGCCGAAAACCUCCUCGGAUUCUUCAGCACUGCCUGUUUCUCAUGUAGUCCACACUUACUCUGAUGACCUCGAAUCUCUUUUCUUCAUAUUUGCUUGGGUUGGCAUUAAAUUCAGCGGUCCUAAUGGUGUGGUCCAUCAGGAGCGCAUGACCAAUUCACUACUUAAUCGCUGGACCAACCUUGACCUGGCAUCGUGCUUCGCCUUCAAGACCACCCUAUUUGUGGACCUGUUGGAGGAAGAGUGCCUCCUAAACAAAUUCCACCCGUAUUUUAAACCUCUUAUCCCCCUUGCAAAAGAUUGGUAUGCAGCGUUAAAGGAUAACAUGGCUCAUCCUGUUACCUUUGAUGCCAUUCUUCACAUACUCGAUUCUCAUCUGGAUCAGCUUCCCAAUGAUGAGGAGCUCCAAUCCAGUAUGACCACACUCAAGGAGUCUGCUGUCACUCUCAGCAAGUUGAAACAUGUUGCCUCUCUAUCUUUGCCUGUGGGAUCACCGAAGUGGAAGAAAUCGGAUGACAUUUUUGAGUCAGACGGGCAGGUGUAA